GUAUUUAGUUUUUGUUUAAUUGCAUUUAUUAUUAAAUAUGACGAAUCUUCAACGCUGGCUCUUCUACGCCGCGCUCUUUGCAGUGCCCUACCUCUCUGUGGUGCUGGGCACAGUGCAAACGCAGUUCACAAGCAAAUAUCUGCUGCAAAUUCAGCUACUGCCGCUCCUGCUGCUGGUGCUCUUUGGCGUAUACUCCGUGUGGACUGUGCUGUACCGUACAUUUACCUUCAACGACUGCCCCGAGGCGGCAAAGGAACUGCAGUCUGAGAUUCUGGAGGCACGCAAGGAUUUGAUUGCUAAGGGAUUUCGGUUUCGGGACUGAUGAAGUGGGCAACAUACUAAGCUGAAACCACGUGCAUGUUAAUUUGUAAUUCCAUUAAUUAUAAAAGUUAUAUACGAAUGUA